AUGCAUGCAUUUGUGCCCACUGCCCAGGCCCCCUUCAGGAGACUCAGCGGACCACAAGGGAGGCGGGCUCCCUGGUAUAGAGGCAUGGGCUUUUCCCAUUCUAGAAGGAGAAUGCUGGGCUCCAGACCCAAAUCUUCCAUCCCAGUGGCUGUCCAGGUGUCAGUGGCAGUUCUCAAAGUCCUGGUUCUGCUCGCCCGCCCGCCCCCCGGGCCGCCGUCCGCCGCCCAAGGGCCGCUGCUGCCGGCCUGGAUGCGUCUGUAUUUCUACGGCAUGCACGGGCUGACCCUGGACGUGGUGCUGUCGGCCGCCCGGCGGUUCGGGCGCCGCCCGGACCCGCGGCUGCUGGGCUUCUCGUCCCCCUACCGCUGCCUGCUGCACUCGCUCACCCACCUGGCCCUGGAGCGCGUCUACCUGCAGCGCGGCCGCUGCCCGGCCGGACCCCUCGCCUUCCACGGCCUGCUCUUCCCCUCCGCACACGUCGGCCUGCAGGCUCUGGCCGCGGGGGCUCUGCGGCUGCUGCCCGGGGCCGGGGGCGCCGGGGGCCCCGGGGGUCCGGGCGGGGCCGGGGGCGGGCCGGCCGACGGGCCCGGCCCGGCCGACCUGGCCCUCCAGUACGGGCUGGCCCUCUACCUCUCCCAGGUGUUCCUCAAGGGCUUCCUCAGCCUGCAGUACACCUGCCCGAGGCCAUGGCAGCCCGCGGGGGUCGCCCCCGGCGCCCCUCCACCCGGGCUCGGCCCGCAGCAGCAGCAGCAGCAGCAGCAGCCCCAGCUUCAACAGCUGCAUCAGCAGCAGGACCAGCCCCAGCAGCAGCUGCACCAGUCCCAGCUUCAACAGCUGCAUCAGCAGCAGGACCAGCCCCAGCAGCAGCUGCACCAGUCCCAGCUUCAACAGCUGCAUCAGCAGCAGGACCAGCCCCAGCAUCGGCUGCACCAGUCCCAGCUUCAACAGCUGCAUCAGCAGCCCCGGCAUCAACCACAGCUGCAUCAGCAGCAGCCCCAGCAUCAACCACAGCUGCAUCAGCAGCAGCCCCAGCUUCAACCACAGCUGCAUCAGCAGCAGUUCCAACCCCAGCACCAGCAGCAGCGGCCUCCCCGGCCCGCGGCGUCGACCGCCCCCCACGAGGGACUGCCGGGCUCCCUCCGCUUCCUCUUCUUCGGGAUGCACGGCUUCCUGGACGAGAUCUUCUUCACCUUCUUCUUCAACGUGCUGGGCCCGGGGCCGGGGCCGGCCAGGGGCCACACGUCCCUGUGGUCCUUCUUCAUGUACGGCAGCUGCAGCUUCGUGGUGGAGCGGCUGUACUUCUACCUGCACCGCGGGCGCGGCUGGGCCACCUGGCAGAGGGUCCCUCUCUAUGUGCUCUUCAUCUACACGUGGGAGCUGGGCUGGGGGCUGGUCCUCCGAGGCUGCGGGGCCUGCUCCUGGGACUACUCGCACUACCCCCUCAACUUCAUGGGGCUCAUCACCCUGGUCUACCUGCCCGGCUGGGUCUUCCUGAGCGUCUACCAGGACCUCCUCUCCAACGUGUUGUGGAGGGUGCGCUGCCCGCCCGACCCCCGAGUCCCCCCUCCCCAACCGACCGAAACUGGAGGCCCCCCAUGUUGAAGAGGAGGGUGGCCGUGUUUUGGUUUUGUGUUCUUUUUCUAAAGAUCGCUGACGUUUUCUAUCUUUUACUAAAGUCUCCCGAAACGCGGGGGGCUCGCCACUGGGGUUUUCCGGCUGGCCUACAUGCCUUAGGCACCUAUGCACAACACCUGGAAAGGGAUCCUUUCGAAGCUGGCGUAACACUCCGGGGUCUUUAUGAUUAUUCAGUGUUGAAAACUAAAAACAAACACAACCUUAAUACCUUAAUGACUAAAAAACCGUGCAACCACUUGCUUCGGAGAGGGCUGGGGCAGGGCGGCCUCUUCACGGAAGAGGUUCUUUAAAUGUCGACACCAGUGUUUUCGAGAGGCUCAAGUCAGAGCGGCAAGGAAACCUCUUUGAACUGACACAGUCUGGUUCUCUGUAUUUGUGGGUGUCGUUUUCCAGCACACAGCCACUUGUGGAGUCUGUGCAGAAGAGGAUUACUCAUGCAGGUCAGAGACCGACACAUCUCAUCCACAACAAUAGUGAUUGGGUUGCCUCCUGUGUGCCAGAGCACUGUAUUGCUCGGUGCUGAAAUCGAUGGUCGGUUUUACUGUUCUGAAUUUAUGCCAGGGGGAUGGGAGAAACCAGUAUGCCUUUAAAUACAUUUGAGACUUGGGAAACCAUAGCAUUUGGGUCUGAAAGGGGUAUAUUCAGUUUAGCCCAGCUAAUUUUAUAGCGGCAUAAAUAUUUAAAAUGGUUUUAAUAUGCUGCCUAAAGCACUGAGAAGAAGAUGCAAGUUGACAGUAGGGAUAUCAAAACAUAAAUACUUAGUAGCUGAUAACACUAUCUCACUUUCAAAUUGACACAGCUGGAUUUUGCUUUUUGGAGCCUCAGUAUAAUUCUGGCCAUUUUCGUAACAGGUCUCAAAAGCAACAUAACCGUAAAGUCUCACAAGUCACCAAAGUGGCUCUAACAAAUCGAAUGUAAUACAUGACUACAGUUCAUCUUCAGUGACGGUUCGAUCAUUCAAAUAAAUUUCAACAAUGUGGUUUAUUCAACUUCAGAUGGAAAAGUAUUGAAUGUUUUUCAAAUGCCCAUGUAAAAAACCUUAGAAGAGACUUCUGGCUCAGAAAAACUGGCUUUGGUCACAUUUAGUAAUCACCUUCAAUAAUCUUGACAUUUGUGUAAGAAUUAUGACUUUCUUGAAAUUAAGCAGUUUCAAUCAGCAAUAGCAGUCCCAAUCAGCAGUUAUUUGGUUCUUUUUUUUUUUUUAAGGUGAUGGUGAAAACAAAUCCAGGGAGUGGGUUUCAUUUCUUUUUUCAGCAACCUUUAUGGAAAGGACUUUAUCUUGCACUGUGCCUUGACUUGGAAUGAUGAAUAAGCCACUGUAAUGUAAUGUCUGAAAGCAUUUUAAAAACGAAAAGAAAAAAAAAUCAAUAGUUUUCUUUAUAGAGGUACAAAGGAUUAUAGAUACACUAAAAGCCAUUAAAAUAAAGUGCUUCAAGUUUGCAGUCAA